CCCACCAAAAACACGACGAGAUUCCGUAUUACGAUCCGGUUUUAUAGUAGAGCACCGGUUGAUUAAACCGCCGUUAGUGGAUUAAAUAACCAGGACUCAAAUUACGUGUAACAACAUUAAAUCACGUUUUACGAAUUAUUUGACGACACGGAGUAUCAAGACAACGGGCCACUGUCGUUUGUUUAAUCGCUGAUCUAUUGUUUAACGGUAACGUUAUUGUUAAAUUAUUCAAAGAGCCUGUGGAGUAAAGUCAAACGAAAACGCGAUCGAGAAGCGAGACCUUUAACCUGUUUGUUGUCGGAAAUGGGACUGCUGUUCGCCAAACUGAUGACUGUGUUCGGGGAUAGAGAACACAAAGUAAUUAUCGUUGGUUUGGACAAUGCUGGAAAGACGACCAUUCUCUACCAAUUUUUAACUAAAGAGGCUGUUCAGACUACUCCUACAAUUGGGAGUAAUGUAGAGGAGAUCUCGGUGAAGAAAACACGCUUUCUCGUCUGGGACAUCGGUGGCCAGGAUAGUCUCAGAACUACCUGGAACUCGUAUUACUGUAAUACAGAGAUUGUCAUAAUGGUGGUUGACAGCACUGACCGGGAGCGGUUGACACUCAAUAAGGAGGAACUGCAUCGCAUGCUCGCACAUGAGGAUCUACAGAAUGCAUCUGUGCUGGUUUUGGCAAAUAAGCAAGACAUGAAAAACAGCAUGACGGCCGCAGAGAUUUCUCAGAGUUUAACGCUCAGCUCGCUCAACGCCCGAUCCUGGCAUGUCCAGGCCUGCUGCGCUCUCACUGGAGAGGGCUUACCAGCAAGUUUGGAUUGGAUGCGUACCCGUGUUUUGGCAAACUAGUCCACAGUCUGUGCUUCUUCUUAAACCCCUUAAACUGUUGAAAGAGAGGCCCACUUAAACUUUUACCCAACUCUCAGUGCCUCCUUCUGCACAGCACCCUGCUCAAGGUACAUACUAAACCCUGGAGGAACAUGCAUCGUCCACCUUCACCUCAAUUCUGAACUAUGGAUACCGGAUGAAGCAUGGAAACCCUGCAUGUGUGUGUGUCUGUUUGUGAGAGUGUGUACUGUAUGUGUGUAGACACGUUUGUGUGUAUAUUUGUGUAUCACAUGACUCCGUUCUAGAGGUCCAUAUUUUUACAUGACAUGUUUACAUUACAGUUUUUUUAAAUGAACUUAAAUGAUCUGAUGUGAUCACGAUGACCAUGUGUUAAGCAUUGGCCUCUGCUUUGGUAAAGCGAAUGGCUUUUACAGACAGCUCCGCUUCACAAGUGGAGUAAUUGUCUACGGAAAGUGAUGUGGGACGGUAUUGAUUUGUGCUGAGCCACUAAGCUGUUGAGCAAGCAUUACUUGAAGUAUUUAAAGGGAAUUGAUGUGUGUGAAUGUUGUACAGUUGUUUGCAUGCCGAAAGAACAAAGUGUUUAAGUAUUUUAUUUUUAAAAAAAGCCUGGAUACAGUAUGUUUUCGUAUAUAAUUUUGUACAAAAAGAGUUUUGUACAAAUAAAAAUCUCUACUAAAACCA